GUCUUUAUAAUAUGUGUAAAUAUAUUCUUAUAAUAUUGUCUUUUCUUUCUAAUUUAAAAUUUCUUAAUAUGUUUGUUAUAUCAAUGCAUGGAAUACUUGAGACCAACAAGUUGGUAGGACCAAAUUUUGAUGAUUGGUACAGAAAUUUCAGAAUUGUUCUCAUGCAUGAAAAGCUUAUUGAUAUAAUUGAUAAGUCUGCCAAGGAAGUCCCAGAUGAGGAUGAUGAUAAUGCUACCAAGAUUUAUCAGAAAUACUUGGAAGAAUGUCUUACUACUAAAUGCAUCAUUCUCGCUUCUAUGAGUUCUGAGCUCCAGAGGAAACAUCAGGAUAUGGAUCCAACUGAAAUUAUUGAACAUCUUAAGAAGAUGUUUGGUACACAAAGCAGGACAGCUAGAUACCAACUAUCUAAGGCUUUAUUUGGAUCCAAAUUGACUGGAAACUCUCCAGUUGGACCCUAUGUCAAUCAUAUGAUUGAUCUUAUUGAAGAAAUUGAGAAGUUGGGGUGCAAACUGGGUAAAGAGUUUUCUCAAGAUUUGAACUUGCAGUCACUCUCUGAAUCAUUUUCACAAUUUAUUAUUAAUUUUAAUAUGCAUAAAAUGGAUUGUGAUCUUCAUGAGAUACUUAACAUGCUAAUUGAUUAUGAGAAUCAACUUGCAUCUGAGAAAAAGAAAGGAAUUGUCAUGUUGGUUGGAAACUCAUCUAAAAAGAAGUGUAAGGGUAAAAAUAAACCCAAGAAGAAGCCUAAUGCGCCUAAGGGUGGUAUGACCAAACCCAAAGGCAAAGGAGGCAAAGCUGACCAAUCUGAUGCUGAAUUUUUCCAUUGUAAGAAGAUAGAACAUUGGAAGAAAAACUGCCAGGAGUAUCUGGCAACUCUAAAUGACAAGAAACAAGGAGUUCCAAAUAAGUAGAAGGUUAAAGAAAGGAGAAAUUAAUCUACAAGUUGAAAAUGAUGCAAAAGUUGUGGUCGUAGCUAUAGGAUCAAUUUCUUUAAUAAUGCCUACGGGCAAAGUACUUAUGUUGGAUGAUUGUUAUUACGUUCCUAAAUUUGUUUCGAACAUAAUUUUAGCUUCUACGUUAGACAA